AUGAUUGAUCAUUCAUAACUGCCAAUAUAUGGUAUUUGCCUUGAUCCUACUUGUCAUUCACUAAGACCAUAUUGUAAUUCGUGCAUUCAACAAUUACAUUCAAAACAUGUUGCAUCUUUAAUAUCAUUUGAAUAAAUUUAAUCAUGGAUUAAAAGCAGAAUGAAUUCUAUACCAGAAAUAAAAAAAUUCAUCAAAUUGAGCUAAGACUUAAUUAAUAUUCUUCAAUUUGUUAAUAAUUUUUAAGAAAAGGAAAUCAAUUAAGAGAAUAUGGAAAAAUUACGAAUAUCAUAAUUAAAUUUGCUUGCAAAUGAUUUAACAAAAAUAGAUCAUUUAUUAUAAUUCCCUAAUUGGAGUGAGACAAAUAAAUAACUUCUUGAAAUCUUUAAAUAUUGUCAAACCAUGAAAAAUAUUCAUUAUUUAGAAUUAAGUAAAGAUUAACCAGAAAAUAAAAAUGCAUUGGAAUAAAAUAUCCUAGUAUAAGUUUAACCUAAAAAAAUUAAUGUUUAAAAACCUUUAAUUGAUAAUUUUUAAGAUUAAAAUCAAUAAUAAUAAUUAGGAUUAGAAAAGGAAGGCUUAAAAUAGUAAGAGUUUCCUUAAGAAUUAGAAACUGAAUUUUGGUCCGGUUCUAGAUUCAUAAGAACUAAACUAUUAAUAAACUUAUAAAAUAAUAACUAAAUUCAAUAUAUUCUUGAUGGAUCCAUAAUAAGAAGGUAGUAAUAUUUAUAUUUAAAUUAAAAUAGCGAUUAAAUAAAAGAUACUUCUAUAAGGCCAGAAAUAUUAACUAACUUAGAGUAGAUUUAAUAUUUAUAAUGGAAAGGGGACUUUGGAAAUAAUAAUAAGAAGAUAGGAAAAUGGAUAGCUACAUGGAUGGGUAACACUUUGGAUGGUGUAGGAGGAUAAUACACCAAUGAUGGAAAAAAAAAUGGCAAGUGGAAAGAAUUAUUUUAGAAUUAUUGGAAGUUAGCUUAAUUUAAAAAUAUCAUAGGGAAGCUCAGGUGUAUGAAGAAGGUGAGUAUGAUAAUGAUUUAAGAAUAGGAGAUUGGAAAUAUAAUUAUUAGGAUAAAACAAUGUAAAAAUAUAUGUACUAAAUUAGUAAUGGUGGUAAAUAUAAUUAGAAAGGUGAGAAGGUUGGAUAAUGGACAGAAUUGAGUGAAAAUUUUUGGGAUAAAUCUUAAAUAAUUUAUAAUGGUGAAUAUAAAGAUGGAAAAAAAGUUGGUAGAUGGGUGAUACAGUAUGAAGGAGUAGAGAUGUAAUAUUAAAAUAUAAAAUAUAAGUGGUGGUGGAUAAUAUGAGGAUUAUCAUCCUUAAAAUAUGUUAUUCCAAGAAUAUCCUUAUUAUUCAUUCUUCUAGGAAAGUUUCUAAGUUAAAUCAUUACCUUUUUCUGCAAACAUUAAAGCCAAUGAUGAUAUUGCGAAUUCGAAUAAAAAUGGGAAAUGGAUUGAAUUGAGCGAUGGAUUUUAUUGCAAUUCGUAAGUCACAUAUGAGGGACAAUAUAGAAAUGGUAAGAAGAUUGGUAGAUGGGAUAUUUGGUGGAAAAAAGAUUAUGAUGAUAAAAUAAAAGUUUAGAUGUAAUUAUUAUAAUACUUUUUCAGUGGUGGUGGUUUAUAUGAUGAAGAAUAUUCUUUUAAGAUAGGAAAAUGGAUUGAAUAGAGUGAAAGAUUCUGGGAUAAUUCUUAAGUUAUUUUGAAGGGGGAAUAUAAAAAUGGUAAAAAAAUAGAUUUGUGGACUAUUGAAGCAUUUGGACAAUAAGUGUAAAAUUAUAUUAAUAUUUAAAAAUUUUAGUGGUGGUGGAUUAUAUAAUAAAGAAAAUUCUAAUAAAAUUGGGAACUGGAUAGAGUUAUGUGAUGGAUUUUAUGGAGCUGCAUAAAUAAUUUAAAAAGGCUAAUAUUUAAAUGGUAAGAAAAUAGGGAAGUGGGAUAUUUGUUAUCGAGAAAAUGAAAACCAGCCUUUUAUUUAAAUGUAAAAUAUUACCAAUAAAAUUUUUAGUGGUGGUGGAGUAUAUGAUGAAAGUACAUCAGUGAAAAUAGGAAAUUGGAUUGAAUUAAGUGAUGAAUUUUUUGAUAGAUCUUAGGUCACAUUUAAUGGAUGGUAUAAAAAUGGUAAGAAGGUUGGUAAAUGGAGUAGUUAUUUGAAGAAGAAUUAUGGAGAUUUUUAAAAUGUGCAAAUGUAAAAUUAGAAUACAAUAUUAUAUCAAUUUUUAGUGGUGGUGGAUCUUACAAUGAAUAAGACUCUUUGAAGGUUGGAGAAUGGAUUGAUGUAAAAGAGUAGUUUAUUGUGUUCUAAUAACUGGUUUAUAAAGGUGUAUAUAGAGAUGGUAAAAAGAUUGGAUCUUGGAUGGAAAUCGAAAUUAGAAAAAAUUAGACUAGGGGCAUUGUGAAUUAUGAUAAAUGA